UUAACUGACUGAGCCACCCAGAUGCCCUGAAGCUGUCUGUUUCCAAGCUUGUCUAGCCCCGAGGGCACCCUGAGCUUUGUUCCCUAGCUACAGCCAGCACACCCCCUCCCCAUCACAGUGCAUUUCAGGCACCUGCUCCCCACAGUCCUAUCUACCUCACCACAGAAGCCUCCACAGGUUAGCCCUUUACCAAUCAGCUUCUCCAUCCCUCAGACCAUCCUAAUACCAACUUCUUAUGCAUUUACAUUUUGUUUUCAAAUUUUCUUCUUUUUCUCAUCAGCACUCUAGUCUCCAAACAUUCUUCUUGGACUUCUGUUUUUCCCUGGGUACCCAUUCUGGGGUUACACAGAAAAUGAAUAAUUUUUUGAUGGAUACCAAUAUAUACAAAGAGGAAAAGGUUUGCACCCUGUCCUCAUAAAGGGCAGGCUUUAAGAACUCUAAUGCUUCCAGAAACCUUCAAACAACUGGCAAAGGAAGUUGAUAUAUAAGCCCUGUGGUCAUACAGUCAGAAGGAAAAGGCUCUUGGAUUCAUGAAAUGGCAAAUUCCUUUAAUUCUAGUCCCCAAGAAGAACUUAAUAGAGGAGGAAUAAAAUUUUGCACGGGGAAGGGGGGGUUACAGGUAACAAGUGCCUUUCCCCCCUUAUUUUUAAGUAGGUUAACACAGCUUGUUUAAACAAACGUACAACAAAAAGCAAAAGUCAAAUAAUUCAAAAUAAAGUACAAAAAAAUCACUUUAAAGGAGAUCCAUAGCAACACUUUAUACACCCAUCCCUCCGAUCCUAAAUUCUCUUGAGUUCUAUAACUGUUCCAGACUCUUUCCCUUAAUCGACAUAAUUUUUUCCCAGCACUUUGCACUGUGCAGCUUGACUUAACUUCUCAGGCUAAGUGCUCCCACCUUAUUGCUUCAAUCCCCAGGUUUGCAGGGUGUCUCUUCCUUGGAGAGAUUGGGGCGACAGAAGAUUUGAGAAAUAGGGGUAAGAAAUUUUCAAUCUCACUUUAAUAAAGCCUGUCCUGAUCAGUCCAAAAUCACCCUUGGCUCAGCUCAGCUGAUGCUUCUUUGGGGAAGGAUUAGUUGGGAGGUUUGACUCAUUUCCUCAGUCUCAGAACCAAAAAUUAAGCCCCAAGGUUUAAAUUCAAACUCUGAAGUAUCCUUCCCUCUUUCCUGUUUUUCAUCUUGCUUAUUUGCUAUUUGGAGCAACAGUGACUUUGUAUACUAAAAUUGAAAAUACAGUGUGUUAGUGUUCUGUGAUAUAUAUUGGUCAAAGGCUAUUGGAGCUCUGAGAAGGGAGUAAUUUAUAUUGCCCGUGGAAUAAGGGAGGCUUCAAAAACCUGGGGUCCUUGAAGCUGCAUUUUGGAUAUGUGGAAGUUCAUGCAAUCCUCAGGGAAUAAGAUCUCCUCCAAAAUUGAGUAUGGAGUGAAUGGAGAAGAGUAGCAGAAAAGGCAGGCCAUUACAAAGGACCUUAAAUUCCUUGCUAAGAAAAUUGGAGUGAUUAGUAUAGGUAAACAAACAAAACCAACCAGGAGAAUUUCAUUUAUGCUUUUUAGAUAACUUUUCAGCAGUGUGGAAGAUAGACCUGAGAAUCACAACUAAGGUUAUGUUUGUUUUUUGGGUUUUUUCAUACUUGACCCUGUGGGCCUAUAGAUAUGGGUGUUAUAAGAGCAGGUGAAAGGUAGAGAGGGAGUUUCUCAAUGUGAGACUUACUAUUGUGGAAUGACUUCAAUAUGUGGAAAGAUGACAAGGGAUUAAACCAGAAUAUUUCCAUGGCAAUAGAGGCAGGGGCAGAUGAGAAGAUCACAAGGAUAACAUGGGAAAUGUUACUCCAUGUCACCUGUAUUUUAUACUAUUAUGUCAGCUCAAAUAGCACGUGUUAGGUGAGGCUUUCUCACUCACCCUGGCAAAUGGCACGUGGGGGUUGGUUCCUGAUCAACUGUUGCACUUAAGGCACAGGCUCAUUUGUUUGCCCACUAAACUAUCAGCUUCUUUAAGGCAGGGAUUAUAUCUUUUCACCUCUGUUUUCCUCAAACCUUCUAAUGACCUGCAAAAAUGUGUGCUGGAGGGUUGCAGAAUGAGUGGAAAAUAGACAUUCAUAAAUGGCUGAACAUUACAGGCUAUCUAGUAGUUAAAGCACUAGCAUUAAAGGUUCAGUGAUAUCAAGGGGCUACACUGAUUGCCAUUCAACCUACCCUUUCGUGGUGACUUAUUUCUAAAUCUUAAUUAUUAAGCUGUAGAACUCCCCACCCCACAAAUAGCCAAGAGUACCAGAAGCUGCAAUACUAGCUCGAAAGUAACUUUUUGUUUUUUUCUUAGCUGAUUUUAUUGAGCGGCUAUGUGCUAGGGAACGUCAGAAGACGUUGGGCAAGACCCAGAACGUGGGAGGUAUCUGUUUCCACAUCAUUUACUGAGGACUACAAAUACGGCUUCAAUUCGUUAAGUCCCGACUGCAAACCAAUGUCCCGGAACCAAAUGGCCGACACACGAAAUUUCCCCCCGGACGCGCGAGUGUGUUACGCGCAUCUAUUGCUUUUGCCUGGCGGAGGCUGAUCAGGGGAGGACCGAGCACCGAGAGGCCGAGGAAAGGAGGCGAGUCAAGGACUUCCUUCUGGGGAGGGAGCUUGGAUUCGGGAGGCCGCGCUGGGCCUGUCGGACUAGGCGUCCGCUCCCGUGGGAGAGUUCAGUCAUGUCUGUACAUUCGGUGAUGCGCACCCUGCGCAAGAACAAGACGCUUCGCUAUGGAGUCCCCAUGCUGUUGCUGAUUGUUGGAGGUUCUUUUGGUCUUCGUGAGUUUUCACAAAUCCGCUAUGAUGCUGUGAAAAUUAAAGCAGUUCUGCGAAGAAGUGUGCUUGGGCAAGUAGAGUUGAUUGAUCCUGAAUUAGAAAAAAAACUGAAAAUGAAUAAAAUAUCAUUGGAAUCCGAGUAUGAGGUACUGUGGGGCCAGGAGAUUCCAGGCUGCCUAAGUCGCCUCAGCUACCUCAGCUACUGCAUUCCCUUUGUGCAGAGCUGCCUCCCCCAGAUCUGACUGAUGCCUUUAGCCCAGCAGAACCACAUAAGCCCUGUUCCACAGCAGGGACACAUAACAAACCACAGAUGAGAAAAUCUUCCACAUCUGGUGCUCUGAGGGGCUGCCACCCAGCUGGGCUCUAUACUCUUCAGCUAUUUCCUUGCCUUCAUGCUUCGUGCUCAGCUUUCUCCUAUUUGUUCUUGCCUCCUUUUUCCUUGCCAUCGUGGAUUAACCACAAGAAAACAGGGCUCCUGAGCAUCAGCUGCCUCUAGGCAGUAAUAACCAGCACUUCCCGCCGGUCCACUGAACCUGCCAUUCCACAAACUACUGACACACAUGUGCACACACCCAGGUGCACCUGUGAUCUGCACAUGGUGGGAGUCUGACUGGGAAGGCACCAUCUGGGUCAGUGGCCCUGGAAGGUGUCUCUGAGGCCUGCCUUCAGCAUAAGUUGCCCGGUUGUAUCAUAUCACCAUAUCAACGUUUCCUCCUAUGCUGUGAAGGGAUGAUGUCCUUGCAAAUCACAUUUUUCUUGACCUGGAAAGUCUCUUUGGGGUGAAUCAAAGUUUUCCUCAGGCAUUGGGAGAACAAGAAAAGAACUCCAAAUCCUACACUGGAUACUAUGUGAGAAAACAUCCAACUCCCAGAAAAUCCAGCUCUACACCAACAAAGGCUCAGCAGGAAGAUUCUUCAGGGCCUGUGUGGUGAUUUUUGUGGGAGGGGGCCUGGAUAAGCAAACUAAGUACGUUGGAGUAUGGCCCUUUUUAAGCACACAGGAAAAACAUCCUGAAAAACCCCUUGUAAAGGGGUCUACUGAGCAGUUCCUUGGACUUUACAAUAUUGUGAAGACCCCAAGAGCAGCAUUCUGUCCUCUGUCCUUCCUUCCCCAUCAAGGAAGGCAGGAAGCACCACGGUUGUCAUCCAUUUGCCCCUUUCCCUUCGGUUUGCUCUGGUAAUCACUUUUACCAUGAGCUGUCUCUGAACUUCUAGUAUAUAAAGAGGAGAGACCUAUAGAUAGCCAAGUGCCAAUCCAUUCCAUGUGCUUAGGCCACAGUUUCUGAUGUGGUCCCAGAAAAUAGUAUCUCUUACUCUUCACUAGGAAAAAAUCUAGGCUCAUCAUCAGUUUACCCCAGCUAUAACCUCAGUAACCUCAGCUUUCCUACAACUGAUACCAGGUCUACAUUUAUUAAAGUGACAGAGUUAGAGAAUGUGAAAUUGAAUAAGACCCUUACUUUACAGAAGUGGAAGAGGAGUCCAGAGAAAAAAGAUGACUUGCCCAAGGUCACACAGCUGAUUAGUAGACGAUUCUGGGCUGAAAUUUAGUUAUCCUGACUACCUACCAGUAGAAGAAAUCCUCCUGGUCACUGUCAGUUUAAAGGGUUGGGUAGAAAUUAUUUUUUUCUAAAGGCGAUAAAGCCUGCAUGUCUCCAUUUGUGAACGUGGGUGAGGAUACAAGCUCCUGAAAGCAGGUACAAUGUUUUUGACAUUUAUAACAAUGCUAGGUGAAUACAUGCUAAAAAAAAAAUGUUAAUUGAAUGAAAAAUGUUAAACAGGCUCCACUUGGUAUAUUUCAGGCUCCUCUAUUGGGAAGUACAGAGCCUGAGGCUCUAAAACCUUAGCUCAGCUUUGGCCCACACUGGCUGUUUUUUUUUUUCCAAACCAGGGAAGAAAUUGCCUUUGAACAGACAAAGUAGGUCACAAAAAUCCUUAACAACACCAACUUAAUCAAGGCACCAACAUAGAAGACUUUUAUUAAAGUAAUCUACAUCAUCAUUAAUUCAAUGUACAUUUAUUUUUAUUUUAUUUUAAAGAUUUUAUUUAUUUAUUUGACAGAAAUCACAAGUAGGCAGAGAGGCAGGCAGAGAGAGA